UCAGCAGGGCGAGGCCUGGCUGCAGCCAAUCAGGUGCGGGCCCUCAUAUGGAGGGCGGGGCCAGCGCGCCAUGCUUCCUUUCAUCCACGAAGAGGGGGAUUGUGCAGCUGGACGGACAGCACGCUUUUUUCCACUUUAAAACUUAACAGAGACACGCCAGAAAGCCACCAUGUCGGACAAGAAGGCCGUCAUCAAGAAUGCAGACAUGUCUGAUGAGAUGCAGCAGGAUGCAGUGGACUGUGCCAUGCAGGCGAUGGAGAAGUACAACAUCGAGAAGGAUAUCGCUGCUUAUGUGAAAAAGGAGUUUGACAAGAAGUACAACCCCACAUGGCACUGCAUCGUCGGGAGGAACUUCGGCAGCUACGUGACGCACGAGACCAAGCAUUUCAUCUACUUCUACCUGGGUCAAGUGGCUAUUCUACUGUUCAAGUCUGGAUAAAACGUGUCUUCUUACUACUUUUAAUUCAGCCAUCACUUCAUUUGUGCCACACUGUACAUUUGCUGCCAUUUUCCUGCAGACGCACCUACCUCCUGCUUUUUUUAGGCCCGCUAUUGUUUUGCCACUAGCUGCACUACUACCAUUGGUGAAUGGUGCUUUAGUUAUGUCAGGACUGGUGGGCGAUGCAUCAUUCAUUAAAAAAAAUAAAUAAAAAAUUGCCAAUGUACUCCUUGUGACAGAACUUGGUUGGCAUUUGCACAUGUGGCAGACUCAGCUAUAGCUCAUGAUUUCUCAUUAUGGCUCAUUUGUUUUGCUGUGCACUGAUGCAUAGACUUGUACAUUAUUUCAUAUGAAUAUGUUGUGAGAUAACUUAUUUUCCUCGAAUUAAAAAAAAUGAAGAGCAACAGAAUUUUUUGUUUAAUUUUCUGUGCCAUCUGUCUAAAAAAAAAAAAGCCAAAACUGUUGCUUGUGCUGAAUAAAAUGUAUUCCAUGCUCUGAGGUGUAAGGUUUUGUACAUGUCUAACAUUCCUUUUUGCAAGUGAGUUGUUUACAUUACUGCUGUGUAUCUGCGAUGUAUUCCGGUGUCAUCUGGUCUUGUGGUGUUUUGAACUUGUAGCGCACAAAAUGACUUUGACAAAAUAAAUUUCUUUGAAAUGUU